AUGAGGUGUGCUGCAGCUUUUCUGGCGUUGCUGCUCUGUCUGUACUGGACGGGGGCUCAGGGUGAGAGUGGAGGGCUGACAGGGAAUGACAUCACUCAGACGGAGGUUCAGUCUGAGAUCCUGGGUGUCAAAUCAAACAGUGAUGAGGACAACAUCACCCCUGACAUCUGGGCUGAGCUGAAGGAGCUGAGAGACAUGGGCAUCGAACACAGAGUGGAGCUGAGGAAGCUGGAGCAGGAGAAUACAGCCAUACAGACCAGACUGACAGCCAGUGAAAGCAAGAAUGCAGUGUUGGAGGCCAGAAUGACCGCCAGUGAAAAUGAGAUGGAGGAGCUGAAGAUAGAGAAUGAAGUUUUGAAGGCCAGAAUGAACACCAGUGAAAAUGUGAUGGAGGAGCUCAAGAAGGAGAACACAGUGUUGGAGGCCAGAAUGAACACCAGUGAAAAUGUGAUGGAGGAGCUCAAGAAGGAGAACACAGAUCUUCAAUCCAGAGUAACAGCGAGUGAAGAUAAGAGCACAGUGUUGGAGGCCAGAAUGACCGCCAGUGAAAACGAGGUGGAGGAGCUGAAGAGACAGAUUGCAGACCAACCAAAGGUGGCGUUCUCACUUGGUCUCACUGAUGCUGGACAAAUUGGACCCUUCAAUACUGACACCACACUCAAGUUCAGUAAAGUCAUCACCAACUUUGGUCAGGUCUACAGUCCAACUACAGGUCUCUUCACAGCCCCAGUCAGAGGAGCCUACUACUUCUCAUUCAAUCUACUGGAUAGCCGGAGUAACGUAUGGAGGAAUGUUUUUCUCUAUCACAAUGACAAGAGAGUGUUGUGGAGUUUUAAUAACAAUGCAAAUAGCUACGAAAGUGUUUCUAAUUCACUGGUUCUUCAGCUGGAAAAGGGAGAUGUGGUCUACCUGGUUUUAGCUGCUGGCUCUAGUGUAUACGAUAGUACUUUGGAUCGUACUUCCUUUAAUGGAUUUCUGCUUUUUCCACUGUGAGACUCAAACAUGAGAAUUGAUUUACCUCCAAAUGUUUGGCAUAGUGUAUAAACAAGUCAUACAGUAUUCAUGUGUAUAUGAAAGGAUGCACAUUGUUGCUGUGUUGACUUUGCUCUGCAACAAACUACAUAUGAAAUAAAAGAAUGAAUAUGAGGUUAAA